AUGAGACGUUCCCAUACUCCGCCUCUAUGGCUGCUCAACGGUGGAGUGAACUGCCACUCGACGUUAUACCGCAUUAGUUCAGCGCUGAUGCGGGAAUGUGAAAGUCGAUCUAUGGCUCGUUUCAAUUCCAUCUCCGCCCCGACGAAAUUAGAACCGUUAUCACUGAUAAUCUUUUCUGGGGCUCCCCUUCGUGCUAUAAAACGCAUCAGCGCCUUAAUGAAGGAGUCAGAAGAUAACGAAUGGGCCAUUUCAAGGUGCACUGCCCUCAUCUGUAAGCAGCGAAAAUUUCGUGUUAAGCACAGUGAUCCACAAUUUUACAUGGUCGAGGAAACCAGCAGAGCACUGCGAUGGCCAGUUCCGGGUCUGUUGCCUCCUAAUCUCCAUACGAAGGAGAUAUCCGACGGACCGCACACCGAUGAUGUCUCCACGGUUGAUGAUGACAAAACAUCUGCAAGAAAAUUACAAGUUGAUCCAGAUAAUUUCACUUCUGUACUAGCCGGGUUAUCACACUCAGUCUUCUUCCGUUCGUCUGUACAACAGACGAUGAUAUUUCAUUUUCAAAACUACGGUCAACUAACCACGGAGUUCACAGAGGCCGAUAAGCGAACCGGUCUAAAGCAAUGGAUACGGAUGAAGCUCCAGCGGCCACAACUUUUUGAGGAUGUUCGGACUUUCCUGGAGGAUUCUGGACUAAAAGCUUGUGACCACUUAGUUCGUGCUUACUGA